UCAUGAUUAUGAAUCAAAUGAAGUAGCGAUCAGUCUCGUAGAGUCAUUGGGCAAAAUGGCCGAAAGUAAAGGUUCUCUGUUAGCGAAAUCGGUACAAAAACAUGCAGGCCGAGCCAAGGAAAAGCUAUUACAAAAUCUUGGUAAAGUCGAUAGAACGGCCGAUGAAAUAUUUGAUGAACAUUUAACGAAUUUCAAUCGUCAACAAAACAAUGCGACUCGCCUCCAAAAGGAAUUCAACAACUACAUACGUUGCAUCCGAGCUAUGCAAACGGCAUCAAAGUCAUUGAUGGAAGCGAUUGCCGAUGUGUAUGAAUCACAAUGGACGGGCGCCGAUGCAUUGAAUGCUCAAACACAACAAAUGGAUUCAUUGUGGCAAGACUUUUCGCAUAAAUUGGGCGAUCAAGUUCUGAUUCCCUUGAACACAUACACGGCCCAAUUUCCCGAAAUGAAAAAAAAAAUAGAAAAACGUAACAGAAAAUUAAUUGACUACGAUGGACAACGGCACUCAUUUCAAAGUCUUCAAGCUAGUUCAGCGAAGCGCAAGGAUGAUGUGAAGGUGACAAAGGGACGUGAACAAUUGGACGAAGCACGACGAACCUAUGAAAUUUUGAAUACGGAAUUGCAUGACGAGCUACCUGCAUUGUAUGAUUCACGGAUUUUAUUUUUAGUCACCAAUUUGCAAACGCUUUUCGCAUCGGAACAAGUUUUCCACAAUGAAACGCAAAAAGUUUAUGCUGAACUUGAAGCGAUUGUUGAUAAAUUGGCCACAGAUUCACAACGCGGAUCUUACACUAUAAAGAAAAUUACAGCGAGUGGCAAUAACAGCCCACCACAAUCACCAAUCAAAUUGAACAGUGCCACGGUUAAUAAUUCUUAUCCAGAAACAAAUGCGCUCACAAAUGGCGGAGGUUCAAGCAAUGGAAACAGUCCAACAUCGUCAGGCAGUUCACCAUCUUCACCUAAAGCACAACCGCAAUCUUUAUCAUCGUCAGGUAAUGAGUCAGUAUUGAAUGCUGUCGAUGUCGAUGCCGAUGGAAUUGAUGACAAAUCAUUGACAAAUGGAAAGACCGAUGAGGAUGCUAUCGAAUCAUAUCAAAAUGCGGAAAUCAUACGAACAUCGCAUGCCUCAAAUUCGGAUGCCGAAUAUGAAAAUACCAUGAAAAUUACAUCCGAAUCGAAUGGUUUGAAUGGUAGUAACAGUAGCGUGACAACUACCGAUGCUGCCAACACUGCUACUGCUGCUGCUGCUGCCGUCGUCGUCGUUGAUGCGACCACAAACAACAACAAUGUUGCCAAAUGUGAACUAGUUAAUGGUAAAUCCAAUGAAGCUGCCAAAUCAGAUGAUAAUUUGAAUGCUGCAAGUAAGGACCAGUUGUAUGACGUGCCCGUCGGUGCAACAACAACAGAUCUACCGCCUGGUGUGCUGUAUCGAGUGAAGGCCACAUACAAAUAUGUUAAAGAGGAUGUGGAUGAACUCAGUUUUGAUGUUGGCGAAACUAUACAAGUUAUUGAAUACGACGAUCCUGAAGAUCAGGAGGAAGGAUGGCUGAUGGGCCAGAAAGAGGGAACAACUGAAAAAGGGCUCUUCCCAGCCAAUUUUACAAGACCAUUAUAACAAUGACAGAGUAAUAAAAUUACACUGUUUUUGCACAUAACAAACAAAUGCGAACACACAUCAAAUCUGAAAAUUGGUUUAUUAAAACACAACCAACCGUAUCAAAACGAAGAUGAAUCGAUAUUCGCAUUGGAACAAAAAAAACACCCACACACAAGACAUCUGAUCCAAUUGGCCAUUUGAAUAAAUCAACAACAAAAAAUACACAACAAUUGUUUUAUAACUAUUAACAAAGAAAAAAAAAAUGAAACAAACUCCACCAUAGAGUUAAUUCUAAAAUUAAUUCAUCGCAUAUUCUCUGGUAGAUAAGUGUCUAAUUCUUUUUUUAUUCAUUCACAAAUGAUAAUCGAUAUUUCGAAUGCAUGUAAAAUGUUGACGACCCUUGAUCAAGUAAUUUAGAUAUUGUCUAUUGUUCGCGAGUUCGAAUAUCACUCUGCCGAUUAUUGCAAAUGAAACACAUCAAGGGACAGAUAACAUUGUACAAAAUUUACAACAAGAAUACAAAAAUGUCGGAAUAAUUUGUUGUUUUGUUUUUCGUUUAAACAAUAAAACCAAGAAAUUUAAACAUACUUAAAUCGAAACACAGUCCACAAAUCGUAACACCUACAAAAAAAAAAAACAAUUAAAAAAGAAAAACGAAAAAAUCUUGUAAAUUGCCAAUACAUUUGCAUAUAACACUUAUUUCGGAGGAGUUGAAAAACAUAACGAAAGAUAUUAGAACAAAUUGUCAAUAUAAUAUAAAUAUAAUAUGUAAAAUUCGUUCGCAUGAAGAAAGAAAAAAAAACAAACCCGAACAAUAUUAUCGUUAAAUCUACAAUUUUUUCGAUUUUUCCUCUCGAAAUCAACGUACGAACGUACUAUGUAUUGUAUUUUGUACAUAAAUUUAUCUUAUAUAUGAGAAAAAUACAAAUGAAUAUUAAAAACAAUUUUAUUUUUUAAUAACGGAAACUAAAUCUGUGCGUAACGAAAAAUAAAGUAAUAAAGAUUCAAAUGACAAAUAAAAAAAAAACAAUAAGUCGUAAAAAUUGUGUGUGACAAGAGUGAGAAAAUUGAAAAAAAAAAAUUAGAUUCAAAAAUUAAUAAAAAUGAACAAAAAAAUAUAUAUGAAAAAACUAUGCUGGUUUUAAAAUGAAAAAUAACCUUAUAUUGCAUUUUUAAGUGCAAAUUCACUUUCAUACUAAUUUAUAUAAUUCGAGAACGCGUGCUGGUAUUCAAGAAAAACGAAAACGCAAUUCAAAACCGAAAGCGAAUAAAAAGGUUUAACUAAAAUAUGCGAUGAUUAUUAUAUAUUUAUUAAAACAAACAAAACGGAAACUAAUUUAUUUCAUUAAAAAAAAAGAAAAGAAAUCGUUCAUUUAUGGAUUUGAUGACGUUUUGUAUGUACUCUCAAAUCAAUAAAAUACCAGACUAUAUAAAGAAAACACUCUACCAAAAUUUUGUAUCAAAAACAGUCAGAUGCCAACGAGUGCAAAACAAUCAAUCAAGAGGCCAUGUUUUGGCAAAAAAAAAAA